AUGGCGAUCUCUCUGUUCCUCGUGGUUUCCCUGUGGCUCUGCGAUUUGGCUUCUUCUAUAUCUGCUUAUCAUUACUCAUCUAGAGGUCCUUCUCUUCGGCUUUCGAAGCCUCUGAUUGGAAAUGAUGGAAGGGUUUAUGCUUGUUCUGAGAAUUAUUUCUUCGCCUUCGAAAGUAAUGGUACUAUCGCUUGGUCUGUUCAUCUAGAAUUCAAAUGUAAUGUCUCUAUGGCUCCUCUUCGUGGAGGUCCAGGCAAGAUAUAUUUGGUUGCUGAGAACAGAGUGCUGGAGAUUAAAUUUGGAAACCGUGGAACUUAUGAGCCUGAGGCACAAGUUUUCUUUGGGCCAGAGACAAAUCAACAGGACGCCGUUGAAAUUAUUGGACUCUCAGUGAACACUUUAAGUUCCACAGUAUUCAUCAAUCUCAGGGGUCGUGGACUCUUCGCAUACCAGUCCUAUGGACGCUUACGUUGGAGUGUUGGACCUGUGCUUAACCAAUCUGGCUACCGCCAAGGAUGCCGCAAAGAUCUGACAAAUUGUUUUUUCACGUCAGUCCCAGUGCUUGAUCAAUGUGAGGCUAGUAUAUAUAUCUCAAACACAGAAGGAGAACUCUAUUGUUUGUCAGUUCGCAGCCGUCAAUUUAAAUGGAUACAGGAUUUUAGUUCGUUAGAUAAAAUUUUCACAAUCACCCCAGGAAACAAUGGUCAUCUUUAUGUAACUGUUCCAGUGAAGGCUCUUCUGUUGGCCCUUGAUGUCUAUUCAGGUAAUAUCUUGUGGCAGAAGAACAUCGGACCAUUGAGCAAAGCAGACAGUGCACCUGUAGUUGAUUCUAAUGGAUGGGUAUCUAUUGGUUCAUUGGAUGGAUUCUUAUACUCAUUUUCACCAACUGGUUCUCUUCAAAAAUUCUCAAGAAUAAAUGCAGAGAAUGUUGUCAUUCAAGUUGGUCCUAUGCUUGAUUGCUCUGGUUAUGCAGUCUAUGUAUCCCAGACACAAAUGGAAGGAAAAAUCAGCUACGGUAUUGAUGAAUCCACCCAUGUUUCAGCUGGUCAACCUAAAGCUGCACUAUUCACUUUACUGGUUCCUGCCACCGGCUCUAUUUAUUGGUCCGAAAGCUCUCCAUGCCAGUUUUCAUCUUUAUUGCAAGAGAGUGAUCUAAGUCAAUUUAUAAUCGAUGAGGAGAUUCUUCUUGCCUUUUUUGCCGCCUCAAAUACAGGCAACCCACUGCAAUGCCGUACAAUAGAUCAGAAGCUUACUUCUAGCUGCUCUCAAGCAAGGACCGAGCUUGUGAAUAUCUAUACAGGCAAUGAAAGGGCAAUAAUCUUGUUUCUUUUCUUCGAGUCAGCUCUUUUGGCAGCAUUGGCUGGAGUUUUGAGAUUCUGCUGUACAUUCUGGGCAAAAAAGAAAAUUAAAAAUCAAGGCCUUGGUAGCUUUCUAGAAAAGCGACGAUCUCUUCAACUCCAGAAGAAAGCAUUUGACAGGAAGAUUACUGAACUAGAAGAAAAAGCCUUAAAGGAAGAAACAGGCGAUGAAGUUCAUGAAAAGAUGGAUGAUAUGGUACGAGAAAGGGAGUGCAUUGAAAGGAAACUCUCAACCACCUAUAGUUUGGGAAGAGACAUGACUGACUCACAAUCAAAAUCUCUUCUUCCUUUGUAUAAGGAAAAAGCUAAAGUCUCUUCAUUUCAGGGUGGAUUCCAUACACUCAGUGGUACAACUUCUGGAGAAAGUAGCACUGAGGAAGAUGCCAACAUGCUUGAAGGCAUGGACUUAUCUGAUAGGGCAAAUGGACAGACAUCUAUGGAGGAUGACACAUCAAGUGAUGAAGAGUCUGUCAGGAGAAGGUAUAUAAGUGCAUCAGACGCAAAAGCUAGCCCUAAGUUAAUCAUUUCAUCCCCUGAAGAACAAGAGAGAUUGAGAGUGAUGUCACUUGAAGAAGGGGAGAGAGAGUUUGUCCAGAGAAGUGGUAGAAGGACAUGGUUAAAGAGAAGAAAAACCUUAUCUUCAACUAACUAGAGGCCUAUUUUAAGGGAUUUCUCCUUCAGCAGUAUUUAUUGUUGUGAGUGUAUAUAUGCACAGAAACCUGAUUCCAUUGUGAAAAACUCAUUGAAAACUCU